AGUGCUUACUAGUUGAGCUUUGACUAACACACUAAACUUAGCACUUAUAAGAUUAUUAUAGAUCAGCAUUAUUAGUGUGAUUGUAAAUCUUUUUCAUUCAUUUCUUGACUCUCCACAGAUACAUAUAUAUAUAUAUAUCAUAAUACAGCUAAGUAGGCGAUCACACCUCUAUUUUAAAUUAUUAUGAUCGCGAUUUUAGUAAUUAUUGGUUUAAUCACAUUAUUGGUAUGGCAUUAUCUUCACAUGACAAGUGUAGCCCGUAAGUUUUCAAGCCAAGGGAUCGCUAGACCUCCAUUGACACUACCGCUAUUAGGUGAUGUUCUUCUGUUUGCAGGUCUAAGCCGUACCGAGUUUCCGAUCCGUUUCAAGAAUUUAUUCGAUCGUUUUGGUAAUGUAUACCAUGCGUGGAUAGGACCGCUUAGUAUUUUAAUGGUUGCAGAUGCAAACUACUACAAAGCGAUCCUGAGAGACGCAGUAAACAAACCAUCCGUUUAUGUUUCCUUAACGAAGGAUUUAUUUGGCGAAGGACUUAUAGCUGCUUCCGGUGAGAAAUGGCGUGUGAGACGUAAAAUGCUUAAUCCCAGUUUUCAUAUCAAACUGAUUGAAAGCUUUGCAAAGGUAUUCGAUGAACAUAGUCGCGCGCUGGUCCAGCGACUACAGCAACAUGCGGAUGGGAAAUCCACAUUUGACAUAUUUCCAUUUAUUGCCGACAUGACUUUGUGUAUCAUCUUUGAAACCGCUAUGGGCUUUAAAUCGGAUCCUAAUGAUUUAGACUUUCGGAAAUAUACCUCUGCUACACAAGAUUUCAUAUUCAACGAAUCGGAACGUCUGGCCAAACCUUGGUUGCUUCCGCGUUUUGCUUAUUACAUACUCGCCUAUCGUAAUUUUAAGAAAUCAAGUGCAGCUAUCGCCUACAUACGCGAUUUCCAUGCAAAAAUAAUUAAAACAAAAAGACAAGAGCUCGAGGAGAGAAACAAAAAUGCAACGCAAGCUGGAGAUAAUGACGACAAAGUGUUGGAUCGGAAGCGUCAAAAUUUUCUUGAGAUUCUGCUUACAAGUUCGAUUGAUGGCAAGCCUGUAAGCGAUGAUGUUAUACAAGAUGAAAUUUUCACCAUAGUCAUGGCUGGUUUCGACACCUCUGCUCAUACUUUGUGCUACGUGUUGUACCUUCUCUCGCGGCAUCCGGAUGUACAGCAAAAGGCUUUCCUAGAGAUUUUUUCUCUUUACGGAACUGAUAGAGAAAGCUCCAUUACUAUGGAGGAUUUGAGCAAAUUGAAAUAUUUGGAAUGCGUAAUAAAAGAAACUUUACGUGUAUAUCCGACCGUACCUUUCUAUGGACGUGUAUUCGACGAGGAUAUAGUGGCUGAUGGUAAAAUUAUACCUGGUGGCACUGCGCUACUUAUUUGCCCGAUAAGGUCCAAUGAAAAUCCGGAAUAUUUUCCAGAACCUAAGCGAUUUAAUCCGGAACGUUUUAAUGGUGAGACUAUCAAGAAAAUUCCUGAAUAUGCUUUUGCACCAUUUUCUGCUGGUCCACGUAGUUGUAUUGGCACGAAAUUUGCUAUUGUAGAAAUAAAAUGUACCCUGAUUAGAAUGCUGUUGGAAUACGAAAUAUUACCGUUUGGCGACCCACCAAAGCCAUUUGUGUAUUUGUCUUAUCAAUUACAAGAUGGCCUGCAGUUAGGUUUGAAGCCACGUAAAUAUCACUCCUAG